AUGUCAUUCAAAUUCGGACUUAAUGUCAAGAGCAAGGGCGCAAAUCCCCUCGCGAAAGUCGGGACCAAGCCCGACCUCGGAAAAAAGAAGAAAAAGCCUCUAUUUGACGACGACGAAGGGGAGGGCAAAGGCAAGGCAAAGGCAGCCGAUGGCGUCGAGGAGAUUGGCGAGUUCAACUUUGAAGACUCGCUUGCAUCAGGCCCAUCAGAACCGUCAAAGUCCGCCUCGGCGAAACAAAAGAAAGGCCAACCACCAGCUCCUCCGAGCAAGAAACCGAAGCCAAAAGAAGACGACCCUACCAAUGUUGCCUACUCCGCCAGUGCUGCCGAAGCUGAAAAGCGCGCACAGGAAGCUUUGGAAACCGAUGCUACCAUUUACGACUAUGAUGCCGCAUACGACGCCCUCCACGCCCAGCAAACUGCCAAAGCUGCCGCCGCCCGAGAAGACGCUGCCCAGCGGAAACCCAAGUACAUGGACGCGCUCUUCGAGUCUGCAGAGCAGCGGAAAAAAGACCAGCUGCGUGCGCGCGACAAGCUCCUACAACGCGAACGAGAGGCCGAAGGCGAUGAAUUCGCCGACAAGGAGAAGUUUGUGACGGGAGCCUACAAAGCGCAGCAAGAAGAGACGCGCAAGGCCGAGGAGGAGGAGAAGAAACGGCAAGAGGCCGAAGAAGGCAUGAAGAAGAAGUUUGGCAUGCAAGGGUUCCACAAGCAGAUGCUCGCCGAGCAGGAACGAAGACACCAAGAAGCCAUGGAAGCAGCCGCACGCGCUCUCAAAGAAGGCAUCAAGCCACCAGCCGAAGAGGCCGAAAAAGAAAAGACGGAUGCCGAGCUCGCCGAAGAACUGCGCAAGCAGGGCAAAAACGUCAUACUCGACGACGACGGUCAAGUCGCAGACCAUCGCCAGCUGUUGUCCGCCGGUCUCAACGUCAUCUCCAGGCCUAAACCCACGGCUACGGCGUCUUCGUCCGCGACCACUACCGCACCAAAGUACACGCCUCCAUCGCAUGUUAACAGCAGCAAGGGUGGGCGCAACGCACAGAGAGAGCGGCAAACGGCCAUGGUAGUCGAGCAGAUUGAAGCCGCGAACAAGAGAAAGGCCGAAGAGGAGGCCGAGGAGCAGGCCAAGUUGGAACGAGCGAGAAAGAGCCAGAAGACGGAGAAGGAUAUUAGUAGUGCAAAGGAGAGGUACCUGCAGAGAAAGAGAGAGGCAGCAGCAGCAAAGGAGGCCGCGGCGGCAGCUGGAAAAUAAACAUAGCGUAAUGAUACCCCUAAUUUG